GAGUCGUCUUUAUAAAUAAUUAGCACGAAAGCAACCAUUUGUUGCAUGCCAAUCCCACAUAUCUAUAUUAGUCAGUCUCCAAAUCUUUCACAAUAUCCAUAUAUCUAAUCACAUGAGAAAUUCAUCAACAAGAUUCAUCGAAGACGCCCUCUUCUGCUCCGACCCGUUGGCCCUAUCCUACUCCGACCCGGAUCAGAAAUGGAUCAUCCGGCAACACCUCAUCUCCCUCCUCCACGACUUCCCUUCACUCAAACCCUCCGUCGCCGUCUUCACCCACAACGACGGCACCGACGUCAAGCUCCUCCUCGCCUCCGGCGACCUCCCCGUCUCCCCGCCCGUGCCCCUCACCAUUUGGGUGCACGAGCUUUACCCUCACGUGCCGCCGAUCGUCUACGUAAACGCCGCCCCCCACCCCAUCCACGACCACUACCCCUUCGCCGACCCCGCCUCCGGCGCCGCCGCCUCCGCCUACAUCGCCAGCUGGCACUUCGCCAGGUCCACCCUCUCGGGCCUGGCCCACAAUCUCGUCAGGCUCUUCUGUCACAGCCACCCGUUUUGCCACACGGGUGGCUCUGACAGCUGGGCCCACCACCCGUCCCUCGCGUCCAGGAUGGAGGCGACGGACAGGCUGGCGUGCUCGGUCUACUCCGACGCCGCGGCUAUGGCGACGGAGGCGCGGCGGGAGAUAGAGGAUCUGGCGGCGGUGCAGGCUGCGCUGAAGGAGAGGAGCGAGGCCCUGGCGAUCGCGGUGAGGCAGCUGGAGGGGGAGCGGAGAGGGCUCAAGUGGAGAUCGGAUAAGAUGAGCGAAGAAGCAGACAGAUUGCAAAACUGGCUCAAAGUGUACGCGGGCUGCGCCGCCAUUGACGAUGCGUUUGAAGGGGUGGAUGCGUGGAGUGAGACGGCCAUGGAUCUAUUGGCGGCGGAUCGGGCGGCGGAGGAUUUGUUGUAUAAAUUGGAGGAAGCGGUUGGAGCAGGUGUUGUGGGUUUUCAUGUUUAUAUCAAGCAGGUGAGAGUGUUGGCCAGAGACCAGUUUUUCAUUAGAGCUAAGAUCAACAUGAUUUCAACUACUUUCCAAUUCUAACACCCUUUUUUUAGCACAUGUGUUAAACUUAGAUUAAUUAUGUAUUAUGGAGUUCUUUGAUUUGAGUGAUAAGGUAUAAUUGAUAAAAUAAAUUUAAGUUAAUUAAGUAUUUGAUUUCUAUGAUUCAGCCUA